AUGAAGUUGUAUUUGCGUAAAAGCCCCAGGGCUAUAGCUGUAGUUUCCAAUGGUUAUGUGCUCAAUUUUGAACAGAGAAAGCAUGAAUCGUCUUCGAAAGUGACUGUUCAAGCGGUCGGAGAGAACUUUUUUGACCUUGGAGGCUUUACUGCGUUGAGCAACAAUCUUUCAUUUGAUGGGUUAUUUGGAUUGAUUUCAGUUAAGGGACAAGUUUUUAUUGGUGUUAUUGUCAGCAGCAAGAAAGUUGCUGUGCCACGGUGGAGAUUAGAUCAGGACGAUAGGAUUGUUGAGGAAGAAACAGUGUACCAGGUGUUGAAUAUCAACUUCUAUUGCAUUGACAAUGACAGAUACGAUUCGAUGUUUGAUGAUUUGUCGGAUGUGAAUUAUGAGCGUCAGUUAACAGAACAUCCAUGUGGUCAUUUCAAGAAACUAAUUAGCGAUGGUUCCUUUUACUAUUCAAAGAACUUCGAUAUGUCCAAUUGUUUACAAGAGAGAGGAUUAGUGCAUAGGGUUGAGUAUACAAUAGAUAAUCAAGAUCAACAGUAUAUUUGGAAUUUUAAUCAGAUCUCAGAACUAGUACAGCUAAGGUCUCGAAUUGCAGCACAGGAACGCGUGUAUUUUGACUCAGGGUAUUUCCUUGUAUUUCUAAUCAGAGGCUUUUGUCAGAGUAUGAUAGAUGAAAAAUCGGCAUCAGUAACAUUAAUAUCGAGAAUAUCCACGGAAGGUAUGGAAAAUCUCCAAGAAUUUAAAGGUAUUGAUCACAACGGUAAAGUGUCGAAUUUUGUAGAGACAGAAACAAUAGUACAAACAAAACGAUACGUUUUUUCUUAUGUUAUGACUGGAGGUGAUAUACCUUUAAAUUGGGAACUAGUCGAAGGCCAAUUACUUCAUACAAAAAAACCGAAACUAUUGACUGGUGCACACACCGUACAGCCAUCUUUCGAUUUACACUUUGACGAAUUGAUGUCUAAAUAUGGUGUUGUAAGUAUUGUAAAUGUAUCCAAAUCCAAAAAUGAUGCAUAUGAUACACUAGUGGAUACUUAUAAAGAAUGUGCAGUGUCAAAGGGCAUAGAUAUUUGUUUGAUAGAAGACUCUGCUAGCUCCUUGAAUAAGAUUCCUCAUAGAAUAAUCUUCUUGUUGAAGGAUAAAAUAUACGAAUUUGGAUCUUUUGCAUAUGAUGUGGAAAAGAAAAUAUAUGUGGGAAAACAAACAGGUGUGUUCAGAAUCAGUGCGGUUAACCUCUUCAAGAAUCUAAACGUAGUAGCGAAGGCUAUUAGCCACGAUGUUCUGGAACUUACCGCUAAUGAAUUAGAAGAGAAAGAUAUCUCUUCAACAUUUUGGAAAUUGCAUGAAUCAUUGUGGAAAAACAAUGAAUUUUGGUUAAAAAGGCUAAAUACCAAACAUUCUAAGAACCCAUCCAAAUAUAGGAAAAUUUACCGGAGUCUCUUUUCUCCAGGGUCUAUUGUUAACUUGUAUGAUCCUCUUCACAUUUACGUUAGCAGAUUCCUCAAACAAAGAAAGCAUGACUUUACGUUUGAGAAAGAGAUAUCAAUAUUUGCAGGGACUUUCAAUGUCAAUGGGAAACUCACAAAAGAAAAAGUCGAAAGCUGGCUGAAGCCAAUCGAAGAAUCCCCAGAUAUAUAUGUGAUUGGUUUAGAGGAGAUUGUUGAAUUAUCGCCUGGUCACAUGUUAUCUACGGACCCUUACACCAAAGCGUUUUGGGAGAAGAAGCUCUUAACAGAGAUCAACUCCUACAACGAUCGCAAAUAUCAUGCAGUAUGGAGUAGCCAGUUGGGAGGACUAGCGCUAUUGAUUUUUACCGAUGAUGAGAACAAAGCACGAAUCAAACACAUCGAGGGAGAUAUGAAAAAAACUGGAUUUGGUGGAAUAUCUUCAAAUAAAGGUGCGAUUGCGGUUCACUUGUCAUUAUCUAACACAAAGUUCUGCUUUGUGGUAUCACAUCUCUCAGCUGGAUUAGAGAAUGUUGAACAAAGACAUAAUGACUAUAAAUCAAUCGCUAAACAUAUCAGAUUUUCAAGGGGCACGAGGAUCAAAGAUCACGAUGGCAUUAUAUGGAUGGGUGAUUUCAAUUAUCGUAUUCUUCUUUCUAACGAUGAUGUAAGGAGAGCGAUAGUAGAGAGGAACUAUCAUAUGCUUUUUGAAAAAGAUCAAUUAAACCAGCAGAUGAUAUCUGGUGAGUCUUUCCCCUUCUUUGAUGAAAUGGAGAUUACAUUCCCUCCAACUUACAAAUUUAAUCCUGGAACAUCCGAAUACGAUACAAGCGAGAAGAUGAGAAUUCCGGCAUGGACUGAUAGAAUUCUCAGUAGAGGUGAAGUGCUAAGACAAGAACUUUACGGGAGUGCUGAAGAUAUUCUAUUUUCUGAUCACAGACCUGUUUAUGCAUUAUUUACAGCUACACUGACAGUUGUAGACGAAACAAAAAGGGCCGCAUUGGUUUCAGGAAUAAAGGAUACGAUUAACGAGGUUUUAAAAGAUUUAACAGAAGAAGAAAAAUUGGCUUAUUUAGAGGAAAAUGACAUUCUAGCAUCCAAUGAAGAGAGCAAAGCUGCGAAUGCUACAAAGCCGACAGAAGCUAAAAGGAAUAAAAAAUUGCCUCCACCUAGUUCGGAUCAACAUAAAUGGUGGGUAGGAAAUGGGAAACAAGCAAAAGUAACUCUACCCGUCGAUCCUGAGGAGUACAUGCUUAACCCAGGUAGAAACUGUAACCCUUUCGAACCUUCAGAACUUCCACUGUAUGUGAAAAGAGAAAGACGGCUGAGUGGUUAA